AUGUCUGACAGUGCUGAGCCAACAGCUUCAAACUGCGGGAAAACAAACGUGUUUUGUGAUUUGGUGCAGAAGAUAGGGAGGAGACCACUAUACCAGUUCCCAGGCCAAUGGGGGUAUCAGAGUUAUGAACCCCGGAUUUAUAGGACCUUGGCCAAACUAUUGAGAAAUGCCGAUUUGGAACAAUUUGAGGCAUUGAUCUCAGACUACAUCGGCUUUGCACAGGAUGCUCGCCAGCGCCUUGAUGUGCACUUCUAUCUCGAGUUCACUGAAGUAUGCAUCAACACCAUUCUUUACUGGGUAUUUGCUCGGAGGGGAAACCCUUCCUUUGUGAAGAAGCUAAUGGAGAAGACUUCAGGUUUUCUUCAGGACAAAACCAACAACCUGGCACUCAUAUGGAGACCCUUCACACCAGUUUACAGUCCAAGCCCUCUUAGUGGUGUAACACCUUUACAUUAUGUAGCCCAGACCAGGCAACAUUACAUAUUGAAGAUCCUUCUGCAAUAUGGGCUGCUGGAGAGGGAGAGAACCCCGAAUUACAUUGUGCUCACUGUACUCUUCUACCCACCAAGAGUAAGAAUUCUGGAUGACCUGGAUUUCACUGAUAUCAUUGAGGAUGCUAGAGUCUGUAUAACCUUGUGUGCCAGGGUGCUCACCCACAUAUCUAUCACAGACAUUGAGACUCAGAUUGGUUUUGGGCGUCAUCCUCUCGUUGCUGACUGGAAAGACUGUAUACCUCGAACCCGCUACAGAGAACCAUGUGAGCUUGUACACCUGUGUAGAGUGACCAUACGGGACUGCUUGUUAACCAACAACAAACUCCCAGAUGGGAUCUAUGAACUACCUGUCCCAAGAGCUCUCCAGAGCUUCUUAAACCUGGACAACUGAAGAGGACUUCAAUUAACUAAGCAGACAAUGAGCCAACCCCAAC